AGGCGACACGGUCCGGAAGUGAUGUUUCAUAGUUCGGCAGCGCGCUCUUAUCAAGUUUUUCUUUCUAGGUCAACAGUAGACGCUGAAGCGACUUUUUCCACAGGAAAGAAGCGAUUAUCUCUAGCGUAUUGUUCGCGAUUGAUUUUAUUCUAAUUUCUGUCGAAGUACGUAGACUCCAAAAGCGACCACCCGAGACCAAAUGGGAAAGCAACGACCGACACGACGGAAGCUCGCCCAGUUUUUUAACUGGAGAGUGCGAGUACAGUGCUUCGACCGGCAGUGGAUUGGCAUACUAAUGGGCGUCGAUCGGCACUUCAAUCUGGUUCUGCACAAAACGGAAGAAUCACGCCUGUAUUGCUGAUUUUCUACAUUUUUUUUGUUUUUUUUUUUGUUUUUUUUUUGUGCGCUUCUGGUUUAUUUCUUGAGCAAAAGUCAAUCUUCCGGACCUAUACUAGAUUGCCGUUUGAAUUUUGCAGUUUCUUCCUUCUCAUGCAGGUACAAGGUGAAGGGCGAGAAGAAGUUGAAAGAGGUGAAGAGAACGAUUGGGUUGAUCGUUCUCCGCGGAUGCGAAAUCAUAACAGUGACACCGGAAGAGCCAGGCACCGAGAGGCAUGUAUACGUCAGGGCUGUCGAAACGAAAAAGAAGAAGGAGAAGGAGAAACUCCAGCAGAAGAUCAGUGCAAAGGCCGGCGCACGUACAGAUUUUUUGCACGUUUUUUGCGUUCAGAGCGGAAAUAUAUAAUUUGGCUUUUGCCUCGCUCGUGUUGAAGAAAUGACUUAAAGUUUCAAUGAUAAAUGAAUAUCAAAACAGCGAUAACUGCCGCCGGGCCACGGAGUGCUCCGAAUCCGAUGUCUGGCAUGCCGAUGUUGCAGCGGCCCAACGCACAGUAUCCGGGUAUGCAACCGCAGCCGCACACGCAGUUGCCGCCCGCAGGAGGCUAUGGCGGGAACGCAUCAGGCGCACCAGUCGCGAUGAACAUGGUCCCCACCGGUAUCAUCCAUGUGCCUGCGGGCGGCCUACCCGGAAUGGACAUGGGGCACACCCCCUCGAUGCCAAACCUCAUGCCCGGGAUGAACCUUCCGGCGCACCAAGCGCUCCCCGCCUCGUCGCGGCCGGCCAACCUCCGCGAGCGGGAAAAGGGCGAUGGAAAACACAGACCGGCAUGGGCACAGCACGGCUUUGUGCCAGGACGAAGAUGAGGAGUACCUCUGACAACUUCAUACCGCUUCUACUGUCCUUCGCAUGUUGUUGGUACUUUGGGAGACGGAGCAAGGUUAGCGCGAGGAAGAUUCUGACUCACAUCUGACGACUUUUCAACGUAAAACAAAGUUGUGCGCUCGAACAAAAGUAUAGAAAAAGUGUCACUGACGUUG